AUGGCGACCCCGAGCGACACUGCUGACUCUCCGCACAAGACGUUCCGCGUUAACAGCCCAUACGCCACGGCAAAAGGCGACCUUACGGAUAACAGGGCAGAACUGCGCUCCAAUAUGCACCGGAAGAUCACUUGUAUCACGUACGACGAGUUCAUGCUCGAGUUCCUGCAAGUCCCCAAGCCGACACAGUCGUCGUCACCGAGCUUCCUCUCAUCCCGUCCGGCGAUCCCGAAUCCUUGGAACUCAGUGUCUUCCAAAAAGACCUCGUCGCGAUGGUCAACAAAGCGUCCUCCGGCGUCGUCCAUGAUAGCGAAGAUGAAGCCACGCGAGUCUAACCGCAACCCCUUCAGCGAGAUGGACGAUCCCGCGUCCGAGGUGGAUAUGUAUGACAAGAUCACCUCAGCGCUCAACAGGGCGAAGAUUUGCAAGGAGUACACCUUCGUUCCCACGCCGCACAAGUCUGACACCAACGAAGAGUCGCGAGAAGCGGUUGAUUGCGGGAUGUAUCCCAACAGCGCGCUCGGAAAACUCGAGAUCGCACCGGACAACAAGUUCGGCCGGACCGUCUGGUCUCUCGUCGAGAUCGCGAUCGAGUGCAAGAUGCAUGCCACCGGUGGUGACCCAUUCGACCAGACCAUCGACAUCGACGAGCCUAUCGCUGAGGGACGCCGCGCCGUCUUCGGCCAAAUUCUGUCCUACGCCAACCACGUCUUCCGACACCAGCACCGUACUUGCCAGUACAUGUUGCUCUUCCUCGGAGACUUCGCUCGCAUUGUGCGGAUCGACCGCUCGGGAAUCUUUGCCACGGAGAAAUUUAGCUACCGCGAGGAAGGCGCGAAGCUUGCGAAGUUCCUGCGCUGCUACAUCGGCCGUUCUGCCGCCGACCGCGGCCACGACACUACCGCGGUACGUCUCGAUCCCGAGUCGGACGAGGCCAAACGGAUGAGGGCGCGUGUGGAGCAUUUGGAAGAGGAGGACUACGUGGGGAAGCAAUUCCAGACGUCGCUUGACUCGGAGUGGCCAUGGUGGAAGUUGGAAGUCACUGAUGAACAUAACAAGGGCCAAAAGCGCUACUUCCUUGUUGGGAAGCCACACUUCCAAGCACCAGGCGUCGCCGGCCGAACAACUCGCGGUUACGUCGCCCUCGACGCGGACAUCACAAAAAACGACUUCGUGUAUCUGAAGGAUGCUUGGCGUGUCGUCAGCGACAGCAUCGACAAGGAGGGCGUUAUCCUGGAGGUCCUUCGUACGCACGAGAUCGCGUUCGUGCCUACGCUCAUCUGUCACGGUGAUGUACCUGGCCAGGAGACGAAGACGCAGGAAGUGUGGCCAAGGUACCACCCUGACAAGAAGUGUCAUCUGAAGCACCACCAACACUACCGCCUUGUUGUCAAAGAGGUAGGGAAACCGCUCGAGGAGUUUGUACAUGGCCGUCAGCUCUUCACCGCUAUCUUCUGCGCUUUAACUGCGCACGAAGAAGCGUACAAGUUAGGAAUCAUCCACCGCGACAUCAGCGCUGGCAAUAUCCUGAUCUACCGUGAGCCUGCUAGCGGCGAUUGGGUGGGGCUCCUCAACGACUGGGAGUUGUCGAAGAAGCUCGUGGAUCAGACGGAAGAGGGGCGUCAGCCUGACAGAACGGGCACAUGGCAGUUUCUAUCAGUAAAUGCCCUCAAUAACCGCUACAAGACCAUCGUUGUCCCGGACGAGCUCGAAUCAUUCUUCCACGUCUCGCUCUACAUGGCACUCCGUCUACUGCCUCACAACUGCGUCGAUUCAGAGGUUCCCCGCCUGCUUCACGAUUAUUUUGACGAUUAUUCGCCGCAUUCUACGGGGCGCGUUUGUGGACACGUCAAGAAGACGGCGAUGUCUGACGGCCGCGUAGAUCUUUCGACCUACAGCCUCAAGAAAGACGGCAAAAUCCUCAAUCUACGAUUCAAAUGGCCUGGCGCGAACCCCGAAGGAAAGGAGUACCCCCCGCAGAAGCUCUUCACAACCUUCCUCUCUUGGUUCAGCGCAGCUUACACCUUGGCGCAAGAAACUGAAGACGCGGUACAGAAGAAAGGCAAGGUAGCCAAAAUCGUCGAGACAACGGCCAGGGGGGCUCUAGCAAAGGCGCUCUCAUCUGCGCAAGAGACCAGCGCCGACCCGAACGACUCGAUGUUGUCUCCCUCUUCAAAGCGGUCCCGGGAGGUGCUCAAGAUGCUUGCCAAGAACUUGGAGACCCAUGGGGCGAUGAGGCGGGAGCUCGCCUAUGCGCUAGAUAACAUGGAAUGGCCCGACGAUCGCGGCACGGACAAGAAGCCCGACGAUGACUGGGUCUACCCGAAAGACCAAGUCCCGGUGGGCUCCAAGCGCGGUUCAUCCUUUAUAGACGGGGCUUCUACUAGCAGUAGGGCUACGAAGAUCCAGAAGAGCGUGCCUUGAACGAUCCCGCCUACAUCCUCCCGCCUCGAGACUUCGGUUGGCGUCCUGUGCGCUUCCACCGUAGGCCCCAUUCCUCUGCACACCCGAGUCUCCGUCGUCAACCCAGUCCUAACAGGACUCCCCGAAUGGACGACUCAAUCUAUUCACCGGCUUGCCGCAUCCUCCACAACUCUGAUCAACUCCGCUAUCUCUCGGGGACGCCUUCCUCUGCCGCACUCUCCUCGAUCCACGCCGCGCAUCCUACCGUACAUUCC